CAACGACACAAAGUCUAUCUCCGGUCAACUGUGUUACUGAAGAACUAUUUAGAUUCAGUGCUAGAAAAUGCUUAUUUUACUUCUACUGGGUGUAUUAGUAACAUAUGUGUUGGUGACAUGGGUGAAUGCGCUUCGGGAGAAGAGAAAGAGUAAGCUUGACGGGCCGGCAUUGUUGCCUGUUGUGGGCUAUGGACAUCGGCUGAUCGGCUUGGAUUCUGCAGGUCUAAUUCGAGUGUUCGGGGAGUUCGCGGAGGCUUACAACGACGCAGCCUUUGCCCAGAUCCUGGAUGAGAGAUACGUCGUCUUGUCACAUCCUAAAUAUGUCGAGCACAUCAUAUCCAGUACGGAGAUAAUCACAAAAGGCCGAUCGUAUAAUUUCCUUCACCCGUGGUUGGGACAGGGCCUGCUCACGGCAACAGGGUACCGAUGGAAAUCCCACCGCAAGUUCCUGACCCCAGCCUUCCACUUCAAUAUCCUGGCGAGCUUCCUGCCCGUCUUCAUCAAGACAUCCAGGGUCCUGACGGAGAAGCUGCAGCAGCGAGCUGAUGGGACCCCAUUUGACCUGUUCCCGAUUAUAGCAUUAGCUGCCUUGGAUAAUGUUACAGAAUCUAUCAUGGGAGUCUCCUUCAACGCUCUAAAGGACAGUGAAUCCAAAUAUGUCAAAGCCAUCGAAACAUUAAGCGAGAUAGUUUCCCUCCGCAUGCGUCAUGUGCUGCUCGGAAACGAUUUCUUCUUCAGCCUUUCACCUUACAAGAAGACACAGAAUGAAGCCCUAGAGAUCCUGCACGGACACACGAGGAAAGUCAUCGAGACGAGGAGAAAUCAGUUGGAGAAUGAAAAAGUGAAGAUAGAGAAUAAUGAAGAUAUUGGUUUGAAGAACAAAUAUGCCUUCUUGGACCUGCUACUACUGGCGGAGGUGGACGGGAAGCCAAUCAGUGACGAGAGCGUCAGGGAGGAGGUGGACACUUUCAUGUUCGAGGGUCACGACACAACAGCAUCAGGCAUCGUGUUUUCUCUGUACUGCCUCGCUAAACACGAAGAAGUGCAGAAAAAAGUAUUGGAAGAGCAAAAGUCUAUCUUCGGUGAUGACUUGACCAGAGAACCGACUUAUGCAGACCUGCAACAGAUGAAGUACUUGGAAUGCGUUAUCAAGGAGGCACUACGACUGUACCCCUCUGUACCUUUCAUCCAAAGACGCCUCACACAAGACGUAGAUGUAAUGGAUUUCCACCUAAGCAAGGGUACUUCCGUGAUCCUCAAUAUCUUCCACCUGCAGCGCAACCCUGCUGUCUUCGAGGAUCCCCUGCUCUUCAAUCCUGAGAGAUUCUUUGAGACGGCCAAGCCGGGCAACGCAUACAAUUGGAUACCCUUCAGCGCUGGUCCGAGGAACUGCAUAGGCCAAAAAUUCGCAAUGAUGGAAAUGAAAGUGACGUUGGCGGCAAUCGUCCGACGGUUCCGGCUGGCCCCUGGACCGGAUCCGGAUCUAUGCGGUGCUCUCAUACUUAAGGCUACGCAAGGAGUGAACAUCUGGAUUAAACCACGAGUCUAAAUCCAACAUCCGGCUGAUCUAAAAUUCCGGAAGUCCAUACUUAUGCGUCGCUUUAAAAUCAACGCAGAUCUCUGAAUCCAAAUACAUAUCCAAUCCUUCGUAAUUACGAAAUCCAACCAAUACCGGGAUUCACAAUUCGCUUCAGAACUACGGUGGCGCGCACUAAGUUUUGCAAGGCGUCCCAGUCGAGGUUAAGCGGUUCUUUAUGAAAUAAAAUCGGACACAAGCUCGGAAACAGCCUACACCCGAAUCAUGCUCAAGAGUCUAUAUACAUACUUUUGGAAUUCCGGAUCCAACGCACUGGAAGACCUUGGAGUUUUGUUCUUUUGUGAAAGUAUCUGUGAUUAUGACACUUACGUGAAAUUGUGACCUCACUGCUGAUUAACUUUAAAUAUAGUUUUUAUAAUAUGUUUAUUAA